GCCAGUUUUGCGUCCUUCGAUGGCUUUGGAAUUGCUAACAGUCGCAUUAGCGUCGUUACUCCACGUAGCAGGAGCCAUCGACAACACCACCGCAAGCUGCACGCCAGCGAAAUGCGGGAGCCUGGACAUCACGUACCCAUUCUCGCUCAGCGGCGUGCAGCCGCUGUACUGCGGCCACCCGGCUCUCGAGCUGGCAUGCGACGCUGGCCGGGCGUACCUCCGCAGGACGUACAGGGAGCACCUGUACCGCAUCCAGGAUAUAUCCUACGAGAACAACUCGCUGGUGGUGGCCGUGGAGACCACCUUCGCCGGCGACGCCACCUGCAGUGUACCGGACUUCAACGUGUCCUCCAGCCUGGCCCCACUACCGGAUUUCGAGACUUUGCCGUGUGCCUAG